GGAAGUGUGCUCUUACCUCCUUGUGAGCCCUGGGACUUUACGUGAUUCUGUUCUAAGAAAGUGCUCACAAAGUGGAGAGAGAAAGGACAGCCAGCUCUGUCCGGGUCUGGCUGAAUCCAAGGAAGACUGCAGGUGCCGCCACCGACCCCUCGGACUGGAGCCUAGGGCUUCCAGGGAGGAGGCGGUUAACUACUCGGAGCUCCAGGAACUGGGUGGUGGCUGUGACGAGGCUCAUUGGUUCCCCCGGCCCGGAAGGAGCGCUGAGCUGUCCGGGUGGCAGAGGGCCCACAGGUAUUCCUGGCCCCACCCGGCCCCCCCGCACGGGGAAACUUUGUGCAGUUCUCCUUUGAAGAAUAACAUCCAGCAGCCUUCGGGGUCCUGCUGUGAGGGGAAGAGAUGGUCCUUCAAACUGCGGAGGAGGACGUUCCCAGUGACCUGACUGCAGACGAGCGUCAGGAACUGGAGAAUAUCCGGCGGAGAAAGCAGGAGCUGCUGGCCGACAUUCAGAGGCUCAAGGAUGAGAUAGCAGAGGUAGCUAAUGAAAUUGAAAACCUCGGGUCCACAGAAGAAAGGAAAAACAUGCAGAGGAACAAACAGGUAGCCAUGGGCAGGAAAAAAUUUAACAUGGACCCUAAAAAGGGGAUCCAGUUCUUAAUAGAGAAUGACCUGCUGAAGAAUACUUGUGAAGACAUCGCCCAGUUCUUGUACAAAGGGGAAGGCCUCAACAAAACCGCCAUUGGUGACUACCUGGGGGAGAGAGACGAGUUUAAUAUCCAGGUUCUUCACGCAUUUGUGGAGUUACAUGAGUUCACUGACCUUAACCUUGUCCAGGCGCUACGGCAGUUCCUGUGGAGCUUCCGGCUACCAGGAGAGGCCCAGAAGAUUGACCGGAUGAUGGAGGCGUUUGCGCAGCGCUACUGCCAGUGCAAUAAUGGGGUGUUCCAGUCCACAGACACUUGUUAUGUCCUCUCGUUUGCCAUCAUCAUGUUGAACACCAGCCUACACAACCCCAAUGUCAAAGAUAAGCCCACUGUGGAGAGGUUCAUCGCCAUGAAUCGCGGCAUCAACGAUGGCGGAGACCUGCCCGAGGAGCUGCUCCGGAAUCUGUAUGAGAGCAUAAAAAACGAACCCUUUAAAAUCCCAGAGGACGAUGGGAAUGACCUCACUCACACUUUCUUCAAUCCAGACCGCGAAGGCUGGCUAUUGAAACUCGGAGGUGGCAGGGUCAAGACAUGGAAGAGACGCUGGUUUAUUCUGACUGACAACUGCCUUUACUACUUUGAAUAUACGACGGACAAGGAGCCCCGUGGGAUUAUCCCGUUAGAGAAUCUGAGUAUCCGGGAGGUAGAGGACUCCAAAAAACCAAACUGCUUUGAGCUUUAUAUCCCCGACAAUAAAGACCAAGUCAUCAAGGCCUGUAAGACAGAGGCUGACGGGCGGGUGGUGGAAGGGAACCACACUGUGUACCGGAUCUCAGCCCCGACGCCUGAGGAGAAGGAGGAGUGGAUUAAAUGCAUCAAAGCAGCCAUCAGCAGGGACCCUUUCUACGAGAUGCUGGCAGCGCGGAAGAAGAAGGUGUCCUCCACGAAGAGACACUGAGUCUGCACAGCAGGCAGCGCCGGCGUGCGAGGCGUGCGAGGCCGCGGGUUCUUCCUCCCGUCCCCCCCACGGACGGGCGGCGGGCGGCCGAGCAGGGGUGGCCCCUGCGGGGCGUCACCCUGAAUUCCUAGAGACUGGC